UUUCCACAGCAAAGUGUGUGUUUUCUGUGUUUGACCUUCAAAACGCGUGGCGGGAAAAAAAUAUAUGGAGAGAUUGAUACAAUAUUUCUUCUUAUUUUCUUAAUUUCGAUUUGUGCAGUGAUACUCGCUAUUUUCGUUUAUAUGGCUACAGAAUCUGUGGAAUCUUCAAGUGCGCCCCACUGCCAACACUUUAGUUGUUACUCAGUUCAGAGAAAUUGUUGAAAAUGAAAUUCAGUGUAUGAAAUUUACCAUUGGAUUGCCUACAACAACGUUCAUCUUGCUCGCCAACAUGUUGAAGCUACAAAAUAGUUACCGUGGCUCUUGUGAUAUUUCAGAACGAAUAAAGGUUGUUCACUCAUAUGAUAUUUCCGGAAAAUUGAAGCCUGACAAACUAUCUUUCAUUUGAUUCGAAUAUACAAAGGACAAAUCUAGUAAAGGCAACGGCCGAAGUGAGAAAUAAGAAAAAAGUUGGCCCAAUUACGCACAAAAUCGAUAUUUACGAAAAAGGAAUAAAGAACGAAUAUUCGUCUUCUAACAACACGAAUCGCAAUACGACAUGAUAUUUGAUUAUAACAAAAAUAUCACCGAAGUGGAUAAAGAUGAAUAUUAUUGCAAGAAAGUGGACAAUAAAGAAUGUUUGAGAUAUUCGGUUCCAAAGUCGUUCCCGGGUUGUAAUCAUGAUUGAAUGACGCGAUUCCGUUUUGUUUAUUUACUAACAUUUAGCUGGGAAAUAACGCCUCGCCUAUUCAGUCGUUCGUGAAUAAUCGUGAUUAACAACGAUAAGAUGGAUUUAGUUAUACCACCGGAGUUGGAAGACUUAAUUUUAUGCAGUUGUUGUCAUUUACCAUUUAAUGAAACUGAUGCACCACCAAAACUAUUUUCAUGUCGACACCAUUUCUGUCUCAAGUGCGUUAAUUCCAUACUACUCAAAGGUACGGAAUUGUAUUGUGUCCAUUGUUGGAAACGCACUGAGCUUCCGGGUCCUGAUAUGAAACCCGAAAACCUCCCAACGUACAAUGCUAUUUUAUAUCUAUCACAAAAUCUGAGCAUGCUGAAUUUGAAACCUAAGCCACCUGAUAAGCAAUCAUCGGCAAAUGCAUCCUCAUCAUCGACAUCGUCAGCUACGGUCACAUCUAAUAAUCAACAACAAACAGGCCUUCAGACACCGAAUAGUACGAAAACAUCGAAAAAGGGGGAAAAUUGUAUAACACACGCUAUGCCUAACGCUUUGUGGUGUACGAAAUGCAACAUUCUAUUAUGCAGAGCCUGUGCAGGUUCAGAGGAACAUAGAAAUCAUAUUAUUAGAACGAAAGCCGAAGCGAAAAAUUCCAUACAUGAUGAUAUCGGAGCGGAACUGACAACAAUGCAGAAGAUCCUUAACGAGGUUCAGCAUUUAGUAUUGAAGCAAAGGGAUUUUCUACUGAAGAUUUUGGAGUCAUGUACGGCGCUAAAAACACAAAUCGAAACCGAAUUGAUAAACCAUAUACCUACUUUAGAGAUUGCUGAAAUGCGUGAGAGUUUAAGUAAAGCGAAACUUUGUAUGGAUAUGCUCGAGCAGCAGUCUCCUGCCGAGGCAUAUAAAUUAUUUUCAACGUUAACUAUCGAAAAACAACGUCUACAAUCUAAGCACCAAGAAAUGUACCUGCAAUGUAAAUUGGACGACCUAAUUCGACAUUAUGGCGUCUUAUUUGAUUUCGAUUUAAUUAAACAAGCCCUGGCCACCCUACACACAAACGACACGUAUAGCACAAUCAAUGGCAUCGGUCAUCACAACCCUAUACUACUUUUAGCAAACUAUUGCAUAUCGCAAUUAUAUUCACGACACAUACUCUCUUCUAAACAUUCGCAGUUCUUAAAUAAUUGUAACAGUAAUAGUUACCAUCAUAUUUCAAACGUUUCCCAAUCGCAACAGCAAUCGCAGCCACCCCUACAACAGCAAUCGCAGGCGCCACCCCAACAGCUUAUUGUGGGAUCAAAUCAUCAAUCACCUUGUGAGGUAGUUGGUGCGAAAACCUAUGCCGACAUCACAAGUUCCCCAAAAGGAAAUCAAACAGAGCUGAAUGGAAUGAACGUAUCCACCAUGGCCCUCAUGCAGCACCAACUUCAACAACAUUCCAACAAUGUACAACAAAAGACUCAAAUUGCAACGAGUGGCAGUUUGCAAUCAGCGGCUCAAAGUACAGCCACUCUUAUUUGCAAUCCAUCCGUUCGUGUCUACCCAAUUUUCUAUUUUAAUAUUGAAAUGAACGGGUCACCAUGUGGUCGCAUUUUGAUCGAAAUCCGAAAUGAUGUUGCUCCGAAAAUGGCGAAAAACUUCAGUGCCCUUUCGACAGGGGAACUUGGAUUUGGCUACAAAGGUUGCCAGAUUUUCCAAUGCUGGGAAAACGAGAGUAUAAUCACGGGCGAUUUUGAAUUGAAUAAUGGUCGUGGCGGACGAUCUGUUUUCGAGGAAAGUUUCUUUAUGCCAGACGACACGAAAAUUUUAGCAAUACGAGGAUCGGUGGGAAUGCGUCGAAGUCAAAAACGUCAUGACAAUUUAGGUUUAGUUGGAUCGCAAUUCCGUAUUAUUUUAAGAGAAAUGCGUGGUUUUACGGGUAUAUUUGCAUUUGUGAUCGAGGGUUUGGAGCUGGUUGAAAAAAUUAGUCAAACUGGUGAUUCGGCUGGGAAACCUCAAAGUAAUAUUGUGAUUGCUAGUUGCGGUAAAUUGCAAUAAAAAUAUUGUUCAUAUUAGUCCUUUCUAUUAUACGAUAAUUACUAUAUCUUCCUAGAGUAAAAUGUAUUUUUAUAAUAUUCACGCAGAUUAUUGUUUUUGCCUUUUACUGUUAUUUUCCGGAAGACGAAAUUUUAGAAAAAUACCAAGUGGUUUUUAUGAGGCUAUUGAAAUUUUUAUCGGCUAUGAUCAAUAUAUGAACAACUUUCUAAUAUUAUUCACGAGAUUCUCUGGUGGGACAACUUUGAUCUGAACUUAUAUUCCAGACUGAAAGUAAUAUUUUAAAGCAUUCGAGAAACUGCAUUCAGAUCAUAGCUAUGAAAGUACAAAUUUCGGAAUUAAUGUAGGAAACGACUUUUCUGUUGAGGCUGGAUGACAGGUAAUGCACUUAUUCUCAGAUCACUAGAUAUGACCGAAAGGACAAUUUUAUUCACUUAACACAAAAAUGAGAAUGAUUACAAAUAUGUAGUUGAUUCCAUGUAAUGAAAAAAAAAUUGCAAAAACAAAUCGAAAAGAUAGGUUGACGUAUAUAGUGAAUUACCGACGAAAAAUUCCCCCAAAUCAAGAAAGAAAUCUUAAACUGAGGUUUUUAAGUUUAAAUAUAAAUUCAAGAAACAAGUCUAAUUUUAUGAUAUUGCUUUCACAGAAAAUAAACUUCUCACUUCGAUAUUAGGAGUAAUUUUCUGUGGAAAUGCCCUAGCAAAGCGCUUACAAGGCAGCUUCGUAAAUGACACCCAAUAACAUUCAAUGGGCUAGUACUAGUCCCGAUUUUCAAAGUAAUUGGAUUCCCUUGUUUUACAAAUCUUAUCUGCUUUCUAAUUUGUUGCUUGAAAUUGCAAUAUUCUGUUUAAAUCGAUCCAAGAGUUGGUAAAAAUAUAAUAAAAUAUAAUAUAAAUUAAACAUGUUCUAGCCUUCCUAUAUAUGAUAGCAAAAUAUAAGAGAUCUACUCUAUAUUUUUGUCGUUAUAUUUUGUUGUUAGAAUUUAUUGGAAAAAAUCGGAAGCCUCAACCAUUAAAUGUCAGUAAAUAUCCUAUUAAAAUGUCGACUAAUUUUAUAUUCACCGGUAUAUUUUGAUUUUAUGGUAUGUGUACACAUAAGUAUGGCUUUCUCCUUUUAUACACUUAUGGGAACAAGAAAACGACAUUGUAGUGAAGAAGCAGUUCUAUCUAUCUAUCUAUAUACACUAAUUCUUCUCUUGGGAAUAUACAGAAUGCAAAAGAUAUUUUUUCUAUGAUUAACAUCUUCUACUAUUUACUGGGAAACAAGGUAGAUGAUAGUGAUUUCGGAAAAAAGUAGAUAUAUUUGAGAAUAUAAAACCAAAGUGAGUUGAUAAAAAAAGAACGAGCAUAAAUCGCAAUUUUACAAACUUCCAUUAUUCACGCAAUAGACAUGUUUUUAGGAAAUGUAAAUUAUUUAUUGUAUUCUUAGAUUCAGUAACAAUUGAUUUUGGAAAAUUUCAAAGUGCUACUACUAGUGGCCCACAUUUUAUCAUGAAUAUAAUUUCAGCAAAAAUAUUGAAUUUCAUGAAAACCGAAUAAUAGAAAUCCUUUUCACACGAUAUACGAUAAAAUGCGAGAAACUCUUACAAAAUAUUGUAACUCGAAUUUUUUAAAUAAUGAUUAGGUAUUACUAUUCGAAUAUAGAAAAUUGAAAAAACAAGGCUACGCAAGUUGACGCUAAUGUACCUGUUAGAUGGAAGUAAAUGUAUAAAAUGCUGAAACUAUCGAUGAAAUUACAGAGUUUAUGUCAUAAGUACUCUAGCGAAAAAAGGUUUUCAACCUAAUAUACAUAUACACGUAUCAAAUAAACUAUGAUAUAUUAACCUAUGCUCGUUAGUUUACCCCUUAACCACCAAUAUAACAUGGUUGUCGAAUGAAUAUAUUGAAAGACUACAUUUCCACAAAAAUCAAACUAUCAAGAGAAGCAGAACAUUCUGCUGUUACAUAAACCGUGCGGUAUACAGUGGGGUGACUUUGUCUGCAUGAUAUCUCAAAAGUUUUAACGUUCAAAUGUUGAAUAUAGAAGUCUAUUAAUUAAGAAAUUAUCGUUGAAAUAGUAAAAAGGGUUUUGAAACCGGCUCUUGCUUUGUUAUUUGAUGGCUGAAGCAAUUUUACUCUAAUGUAAGGACACAUUAGAAACAGUUUAAGCAGCUGAAUUUCAUGCAUCAAAUAACGUACCAAAUAUGAAAGGUUGAAAAAACAAAUCAUUUACCUUUCGAGUUCCAAUAAAUUGCACAUAUACACAACACCUACAUUUAAAAAAAACUUAUGAGGGAUUCUAUGUGGCAUGAUAUUGUAUGUUGUUUGUAUUUCAGUAACGGUAAAAAUAUAUUUUCGGAUUGGCAUACCGUAGUCCUGACGGUAUAUUACCCUUAUAUUCGGAUUAUGUAGAAAAUAAAAAAAAUAUUUCAAAAUACAAACAGAAAAUAUAAUUGAUUCUGAACGUGAAAGCCGGCGAAUAAUCAAAUAAACUGAAACGCUAUUAUCUUGAUUUUAAACGAGGUUAGAGAAGUUUCGAAUAUUUAAAAUUAGUAUUAAGUCAAUGUUAAAAGAAAUUGAUGUAUAUACGUGCUAUGAUUGCAAUUGUGACCGCUUUCGUAGGAUGCUUAUUGUUAAAAAAGGAAAUAUUUUUUAAACAAAUAUUUACUAAACGCAAUUAAAUAUUCUAGACUCAAUUCAUAAUAAUAUUGUAACUGUUGCCAUUAAUAUGAUUGAUUGAAAUCAUAUAUCUCGUUUGAAUAUAUACCGAAAUAAAACGAAUCGUAAAUUCUUUUCGCACGGGGGAAUCGAAUAUAAAUGUAUCUAUUUCAAUAAUAUGCCAAUGUAUAUAAUCAAUACUUUCACUUUCUCUAUGUGUGGGCGUGACGUAAACACAAAGUGGAACGAGUAGAAAGCCGUUCCAAUAUCUAAAUGUCGAAGUAAAUUAGAGGAAUAGAAUCGAAAUAAGCAACUCCGCAUGUAAUCAAUUAUCCAUACUCAUAAAACAUUACACUACAUUCUUCAGUUAAAAAAUCAACCUCCCCAACCGCAACAACUUCGUUCGUUAUAUUUCUAUUUUAUUUCGACUUUUUAUCGGUAAUUGCAACGGGUUAUCUCAUAAAAAGGCUUGUGAUGUUGGAUUGCUAGAUAUAAAUGCGUAAAAAGAUGUCUCAUAUUUUUUAAAAAUUUUCGAAGUAGUUUCUAUCGAAUAUUUCAAUAGUCUAUAUAAACGAGAACCAAUAUCUAAAAUAAAACGGCAGUAGGAUUUAAAAUAGAAGAAUUUAAUAUAUCAGUUUCUAUAUUUUAAAAAAGCGAAUACACAACGGGGAAAUGUAGCACGCGAAUACGACGAUUUGGAGAUUAUCAUGUAUUUGAAAGUACGAAGGAAUGUCAUUUUACUCAUACUGUCAAAUAUGUCGGUUUCAUUUCGCUCCAAGAGAAUAUCGAUCUAAUCAAUUUGAUUUAGUAUAAAAACUACAGCUAUUCUAAAGUCGAAAAAAAAAACUAGCAAAUUCAUUAUAUUUUAAUCAAAUGAAACAAAAAUUAUCAAUGUCCGAAAUUAUAUAUGUCUCAUUUACAAAAUUAGUUGAAAGAAUAAAAAAAUUCUCCACGUG